AUGGGAUAUGGAGAACUUAAAAUACGAAGCUAUGAUGUUCAAAUUCAUAGAGCUGGAGUGGAAGAUCUUGAGAGAAGAUGUGAGGUAGGCCCAACUAAACGAGUAGUUCUCUUCACGGAUACUAUGGGUGACCCCAUUUGUAGAAUCAGAAACAGUCCGAUGUACAAGAUGCUGGUAGCCGAGUUGGGCAGCGAAUUGGUUGGUGUCAUUCAAGGCUCUAUAAAACUUGCAACCGUUCAUAAACCUCCAAAGAAUCUAGCCAAGUUGGGUUAUGUGUUAGGCUUAAGAAUUGCACCACUUCAUCGACGAAAAGGGAUUGGAUCGAGGUUAGCGCUUGAAUUGGAAAAAUGGUUCAUUGCAAAUGAUGUUGACUACGCUUACAUGGCUACGGAGAAAGAUAAUGAAGCAUCAGUUAAUCUCUUCAUAAACAGGCUUGGAUAUGCCAAAUUCAGGACUCUAGCCAUUCUUGUUAAUCCAGUUGAUCAUCGCGCGUCACGUUUGUCAUCAAAAACUGAGGUAGCAAAGCUCGAAGUUGAAGAAGCUGAGUGUCUAUAUCGCAAGUUCAUGACUUCAACCGAGUUUUUCCCUGAUGAUCUAGGGAAUAUUCUAAGAAACAAGCUUAGCUUGGGGACUUGGGUGGCUUAUCCAGAAGGGGAGUCAUGGGAUGAUUUUGGUUCAGAUGGGAAAGUUCCAAGUAGUUGGGCAAUGCUUAGUGUAUGGAAUAGUGGGGAGCUCUUCAAGCUAAGAUUAGGGAAAGCGCCCUUAUCUUGCUUCAUGUACACUAAGACUUCAAGAAUGAUUGAUAAAAUAUUUCCAUGUUUUAAAUUGCCUACAAUACCGGAUUUUUUCAGUCCAUUCGGAUUCUACUUCGUGUAUGGAGUGCACCGUGAAGGACCAUUAUCAGGAAAGCUGGUUGGAGACUUGUGCCAAUUUGUGCACAAUAUGGCGACAAAGACCAAAGGUUGUAAGGUUAUUGUAACAGAAGUAGGCGGUAACGACAAUAUCCUAAGGCGUCACAUCCCCUAUUGGAAAUCACUCUCCUGUCCAGAAGAUUGGUGGUGCUUAAAGGCCUUGAAAAAUGAAGAGAGCACAACCCAUCAAUUGCCAAGAAUGCCACCGACAACAACAUCCAUUUUUGUAGACCCGAGAGAGGUCUGA